AUCAACGUCAGUAUAAAACAGCAACUCCUCCAAACCCGCAGAAGCCCUAGACUCUGCUCGAGCUCUCCGCAGCCGCCGCGCCGCUCCUCCUCCUCGGGCUCUCGCUUCCCACAAUCCAGGAUGAAGUUCGUUGCUGCCUAUCUGCUUGCUGUCCUUGCUGGCAACAACAGCCCCUCUGCGGAGGACCUGACGACUAUUCUGGAGUCAGUUGGUGCUGAGGUUGACAAUGAAAAGAUGGAGCUCCUGCUGUCCCAGCUGAGUGGUAAGGACAUCACUGAGCUCAUUGCUGCCGGUAGGGAGAAGUUUGCUUCAGUCCCAUGCGGCGGUGGUGGUGUUGCUGUUGCGGCUGCUGCUCCUGCUGGUGGUGGUGCUGCUCCUGCGGCUGAGGCUAAGAAGGAAGAGAAGGUGGAGGAGAAGGAAGAGAGUGAUGAUGACAUGGGCUUCAGCCUGUUCGACUAAGCUGGGAUCCUUCUAUCAUCAGUGCCAAGUCUUUGGGCAGAGGAAAACAGAGUCAGGAUGUUUGGAUUUUAACCUUGUUUAGGAGUUGGGAAUCACUGGAAGACUGCUACUCUAUGUAGUAUGUCAGCGUAGAUUAUGAUGUUCGGUUUACCGGUGAACCAAAUGUUUUGCUACCCUAUCUUGCUGUUUCAUUAAGAAUUGAUUGUCUCAGCAAAGUUUCUUGGAUGUUCCCAAUUUCUGCGUGUCUUGUUCAUUCUUAUCUUAAAUUUUAUCGGUA